CUUCCACAUGUGACCUCUCCAUGGUGAUUGGUGAAUACAUGUUGUUAUCUCUUUCCCUUCUCCUCUGUCUCUGUGUGCGAGUGCCGAACCUGAGGUCGCGCUUAUACAGUAGUUAUACCACCAGUAACCAGACAACCAGUCAGACAGGUUCCAGGUGCAGAAGCUACAACGGAGAAAGCUGUGAGUAGAACGUUUGCUGUGGUCACAGGAAGGCGGAAGGGAUCUCAGUGAAGGCAGAAGGCAGGGAUCUGGACACUGUGGGCACGGGUCACUACCAGAGCUCUCCUGUCACACCUUGUCAUGGCAGCAAAAACCCAGAAUAAGGAAGUAACUCGCAAUAUUUUACAGAAGACGUUUACCACUAAUGCCAUUUCUGCGCUGGCUAAUGUCGUGUGACUCAGAGGCAGGUGGCAGCUGAAGAUCAAAAGCCUCUAAUGUUAAAUGACUGCUACUGAUCUGACACUUUGGUAAGCAUGUACAGGAAGAUGGAAGCUGCCAUUCUAGGUUGGCAAGGUACUAACAAAGAAACUGGGGGGAUUAAACGGCAACGACCCUGCAGCACACAAACACUGAAUGGCAGUACACAAGAAGAUGCCGUGACCAGAAUACGAGAUGCAGCAAGCGUGAAAAGGAUAGCGAGCCUGAGCAGAACUCCGUCACCUGCUACAAUAAGUAAGAGGAAGAGAGGGAUGAGGGGGAGUCUGUGGGGCAUGACUGGUUCCCUGCCUUUUGGCGGAGCAUGGAUCUCAGCGGCUAGUUUCGAUGUUGAUGCUCAAGAACAGCAGCUGGAUUCGGGGGUAAAUGGUUUGGUACUUGAUCCAAUGGAACAUGCCUGGAUGAUUAUGGCUGCAGAAGGCAGCUACGAAGAGCUGCAGGAGUCACUCCAGGAGGAUCCCAACUUGCUUUACAAGAGAGAUUUUGUGACUGGUUACUCUGUGAUCCAUUGGAUAGCCAAACAUGGCCACCAUGAGGAUUUAAUCAGACUUAUGGAGUUUGCAAGCACUAGAGGCCAUUUUUUGGAUAUCAAUACCCGCGCUAGUGGGGGGCUAACUGCACUCCAUAUUGCAGCACUACAAGGACAUGGCAUGAUUAUCAAAGUGUUGGUAGGUGCUUACAACGCAGAUGCCCAUAUUCGCGACCAUAGUGGGCAAAAGGCUUGGCAGUAUUUACGGCCUGGUACUGAUGGUAGUCUUCUGGUACUCCUGGGGGCUCCUGAAAAAGAAGCCGGGGCUCUGGCUGCAGCAAACAACAACAACAACAGUCAUGUUACCACCAUCAUGCGCACUGUCCAACGAGACUGUGAUCAAACGGACUCUGCUGAUAGGAUGGCAGUGGCAGUAGCACCCAUAAGGAACUUUCUAAAAAACGCCUAUAGUUUCCUCAAGAAAUGGUAACUAUCGGCCCCUUUCAAAUUCAAUAUUUGUUACAAUCUAGAAUAAUAUAUUACAUUUGCACUUGAUUACAUUUAUAAAUAGAAAUUGAACAUUUCAAUCAAAGAAACCUUGAUCAAUAUGAAAUAUAUAACAAGUAUGAAAAAAUGAAUGAAUGUAAUAAGCUUAGUGAAUAAGAGGUUUAUGGUUGUAUUUCCAUUUAAGCACUUUAUAGCAGGAAAUGUAAGGGCAACAUGAAACCUUGUGAUGUCAAGUAAUAACCUAAAGGAUCAAAAGCAGUGACUCUAAAAUAAUACAGAACAUAGAAACCUUUUAUAUAAGGAUUAGUGUAAAUAUGUAAACUACAGGUACAGAUAUGUUAUGCAUAGGAAGUCAUUAUGGGAAAUAUUUCAAUUGCAAUUCUGUUUUUCAUUUAUUUUUGUAUUAAAAAAGAAAUAUGGACAAGUAUGUCUUGAACAGGUUUCAAGAUAUACUUACAGUACUCAUAGAGAUUAAUAUUCUGUAAUUGUAAACGUCAUUACACACCUUCAUAUUUAUGUAUGAUUGUGUAUCCAGGACAUCUUGUUUUGUGUGUCUUUUCUAAAAGUAUGUUGCUGGUAUUUUCCUAUGUUUACGAACAUCUAUGCAAAUAAAAUGAAACUUUACAUAUGAAAAAAAUCAAGACUGAGCUAAAAUUCAUUGAUCAGUCUGAGCAAUAACUUUUGUUAGCAGCUCUGUCUAACCAUAAAAUAAAAUUUUUCCUGCACCAACAAA